CAUGUUGAACAGCCUGUGCCGGACACAGACGUCUGCAGGCUGCUGAGUGUGUGGGACCUGGAAGUCCCUCCCCGGAAAAACAAACGCAUGUCUGAGAUUUGUGAGCGAGGCGGCGCCGCAUGAGAACAGCUGACGACCCCGCUGUAACCGCGGUGGACGGAGCUCGUCUGCUCCACGGUCCCAACGCCCGCACCGAGGGAUGAGCGACGGCCGCUGAACGCACCGAUGGCUCGAGCGGUGGGUGGUGUCGAAUACAGGGAGGUGGAGGUGGAGGGGUGUGCAUCUUAAAACCUCCUAAUCCUCUCUGUCCUCGACCUGUCUGCACCGGAGGAGGAGGCGACCGGACGCUUUCGCUCUCCGCUGCUCUGCGGCCGCACUUUGUCCAGUUCCAACAAACAGCCAGUGAGCCGAGGGUUGUAGAGCGGUUUUUAAAAAAAAAUUUUAUUUCGCGCACCUGCUGCGAAGCAAAGGACGAUCUCUGAGCCCGACGAGACGCCGCGCACUUUCCCUCGGAGUUAAUCCUCCUGCCCCGGAGGAUUUUAAAUAGCUGCUGGCACCGCGAUGAGCGCAGCGGAGAAGUCCGAGGCGGACUCCAACAAACUGGAGUCGGUGAUCCAGAGGCUGGAGGAGAGUGUUUUGUCUGAGGAGAAGAGGCUGACAGUCAGGGGCCCUUCACCUGACGCCCCCCCUACAUGUCUGCCAGCGCGAGUACGAGAGAUUGUCACAAAGAACCUCAGCGAUAGCUCGGGGGCCAUGUCCUCGGUCAUGUCCCUCCAGGAGGAGAACCGAGUGCUGCAGGGAGAGCUCGCCAGGCUGGAGGAUCUGCUGGCCCACAGCAGAGCAGACCGAGAUGAGCUCGCCAUCAAGUACGGAGCAAUCAGUGAGAGGCUGGAGCAGGCGCUGCGUUUUGACACGGCAGACGGUGACCAUGACUCACCCGAGUCACGCAGCCUGCCUCAGCAGAAUGUGGAUUUACGCCGGCGGCUGGACGAGGAACAAGCUGCCUACAAGCGUAAACUCACCGCGUACCAGGAGGGUCAGCAAAGGCAGGCGCAGCUGGUGCAGAAGUUGCAGGCCAAGGUACUUCAGUACAAAAAGCGUUGUGGCGAUCUAGAGCAGAUGCUGCAGGAGAGGUCCUCGGAGCUGGAGAAACACAGGCUGAGUAGUCACAGUGAAAUGUUGAACGGCCGCCAUCAAGACGAAUCAAGCAGCAACCUGGAAGAUGCUUUAAUCCGUCUGGAGGAAGAACAACAGAGGAGCAGCAGUUUGUCGGCGGUGAACGCGAUGCUGAGAGAGCAGUUGGAGCAGGCGGGUUUGGCCAAUGAGGCUCUAAGCCAGGACAUCCGCAGGCUCACUGCUGAUUGGACGAAAGCCAGGGAGGAACUGGAUCAAAAGGAGACUGACUGGAGGAGAGAAGAAGAGUCUUUCAAUAGUUAUUUUAGCAGUGAGCACAGUCGUUUGCUUAUGCUGUGGCGGCAAGUGGUCGGGUUUAGGAGGCACAUCUGUGAACUGAAGAGUGCCACUGAAAGGGACUUGUCUGAAAUGCGUAACGAGCUGGCUCGGGCGUCCCACUCUGCUCAGGUGUCCUGCGCAGGACUGUCUGCCUCGCUGCAUAGCCGCGAGGGGGGAGCAGCUCUGGUUCUGGAGCGAGAGAAAGCUCUGAGGGCUCAGCUGGAGCAGCAGCUGAGAGAGCGAGUCACAGAGAUGAUGAACCUUCAGACCAGAACUGACGCAGAGAGAAGUGAGCUCAAUGCCAGGUUCUCAAAUUCAGUGCGAGAGGCGGAGAGACUAAAGGGGCAAAUGGAAGAACGAGAAAGAGAAUUUGCGGCGCUGGCGAGGAGGCUUGAGGAGCAGAGCGGUAACGAUGAGACCGACAUGCAGGCCAUGAGAGCUCACUCUGAAAUGUUGUUGGACACGCUGCGGGACAUUGCUCAUACUGUUCUGUCGGAUGGGGAGUCUUCAUCAGAAGCGGACCAGGACAACACCGGGGCUCCACUGCUGGCCUUGAUGCGGGGCUCCUCCCCUCACCGCUCGUCCUCACCUCGGAGGUCGUCCUCCCCCUCUCGUCUCUCCUCGCUGGCCGGUCUCCCAGAGGCAGCUCUGUCUGCUGUACGCUCUGCAGUCACAAGCAAGACGCUCCAGCUGCAGGAUGUCCGUGGGCGUCUGCUCUCUGCCCAGUCCACUUUACUGCAGUUAAGAAAGCAGCUUUCAGAGGCAGAUUCGACUAAAAGAGAAGCAGAGCAGAGGAACCAAGCUCUGCAGCGAGAGAGGGACGCCGCUCAGAGAGAGAGGGAGACGGCACAGAGAGAAAAGGAGCGUCUGAAGCAGGAGAGAGACACGCUGGCCAGUGACAAGGUGAGCCUGGAGAAGACCGCACAGGCGGCACAGAGCAGCAACCAGAUGCUGCAGAUGGACUGCGAGAAGCUGCAGCUGACGGUGUCGUCCGUGCAGCGGGAGCGAGAUCACGAGCGGGAGGAGAAGGAGGCCGCCGUUCAGGAGCGAGAGCGUGCCAAGGCAGAGACUCAGAGGAUACGGAGGCAGUGUGACCAGAGUGAGAGUCGAGCCUCCGCUCAGCGUGGAGAGUUGUCUGCCGUGAAGGAAACUCACCAGCAGGGGGAGGUUGAGAGGCAGCUGCUGGAGAGAGAGAAAGCCCAACUGUCCGAGGCGCUGGCCAAGGCUGAGGGCAGUAAUGCAGAGCUCUCUCUGCUCCUCAACAAGCUGCAGUCGGAGGCUGCAGCUCUCACAGACUCUCUGGCCAAAAUGGGCAGCAUGAACGAAGGCCUGGCCCAGGAUAAAAGUGACCUGAACACCUACAUUCUCCAGCUGGAGGAAGAGAAGGCCCUGCUGCAGGCCCAGAAACGAGAGGCGGAGCAGGAGAAGUUGACCAUCAGAGACGAGCUGGUUCGAUUGGAGCAGGACCGGCUGGAGCUGGACUCUGCACGCAUCACCCUGCACCAGUCACUGCGGGACGCCGAGCUAAGCCGGGUGGGGACGGAGGCAGAGCUUCAGAGUCUCAGGGCUGAGAGGCUUAAACUGCAGGAGAGAGUCACCCAGCUUUGUGGCGAGGUGACUUCUCUGGGAUCCGAGUUAGGUCUCGCCAGAGGAGAGGGCCAGAGGAACGAGGUGGCCUUAGAGGAGGUGGGCCGCGGUCGGGCAGAACUGACCCGAGACAAGGCAGCUCUCAUGGUCCAGCUGACGGCGUACGAGAGGGAAAACACCAUGCUGUCCGAGGAACUGGCUGCUUUCAGGUUGGAGCGGGAGUCCCUGGAGACCAGUCUGUUCGAGCUGCAGCAGCAGCUUGUUCAGGUGGAAUCACGCAGAGAGCAGCUGGAGACCGAGAAUCAAAACCUUCGAGUCCGAUGUGAAACUGCUGCUGCUGAAAUGAGGCAUCUUCGCUCAGAUGGGCAGAAUGCGUCCGCCCAGGCCGAGAGGGAGAAACAGGCUCUGACUCAAUCUCUGAAUGCUGCACAGCUGGAGGUCCAGCAGGCUUUACGCAAGGCCAUCUCCGAACAUCAGGAGGAGCUGGAGAGUCUGGUGUCAGAAAAGGAAGUCAUGCGGCGUAGCUUGCUGACGGAGCAUGAGGUCGCGCUGAGGAAGCUCAGGCAGGAGACGGAGGAUCUUCUCCACAGAGCGCAGAGAGAAAGGGAGGAGCUGCAGGCUGAACUGAGGAGUGUCCAGCAUGACAGAGAUCAGAGUCUGCUGCAGGCGGAGACUGAGAAACAACAGGCUCUUUCUCUGAAGGAGGCAGAGAAAACACUUUUGUCUGACAGGGCGUCCAGUCUGCAGGCCGAGCUGUCGGCUGCAGCCCUGGAGGCCGAGAGGAUGUCCAGAGAAGCUGCGCAUUGCAAAGAGCAGGAGCAGGUCAGAGUUGGUGGUCUGACCGCUGAGCUGCUGGAGCUCCGCUCUCAGCUGCAGGACGCAGCCUGCGAGCACCAACGUGAACUCCACAGUCUACGGGAGACUUGCACUGACCUUCAGUCACGUGCUGAUCUUGCUCUCAAAGAGUUGGACCAGUGCCGAGUUUCUUUCUCGGCGACCGAGGAGGGAAGAGACCAACUGAGGCGGGACAUGCUGGACACAGAGCGCCGUCUCAACCAAACUCAGGACGCAGCAGAAAACUGCCGAAGAGAAAGCACAGAGCUGCGACGCAGCGUUGGUGAUGUCAGCAAGGAGAGAGACACUCUCAGCCAAUCGAACACUCAGCUGAGAGAGGCCCUGCGAAGUGCAGAGACGGAGAGAAUCAGUGUCAAACGACAGUGUGAGGAGAAGGAGCAGAGGCUGGCAGUGCUGGAGGAGAAUUUCUCAUCCGCUCAGAAGGAGGUGACGGAGCUACGCAGCUGCCUGAGAGAAGUUGAAAGGUCACGACUCGAAGCUCGGAGAGAACUCCAGGAGCUGCGCCGACAGCUGAAGGUUCUGGAUGGAGAGAAGGAGCAAAAAGGGCGGGAGGUGGCAGAGCUGCAGACUCGCCUGUCCCAGGAGGAGCAGAGGGAGGAGGGGAAAGGGAAAGAGGUUUUCAUCCUCAGACAGAAGUUAACUGAAGCUGAAGCUGCCAGAGACUCCCUCAAAAAAGAGCUUUCCCUGAUUCAAAAACGUCUGGUGGAGUCCGAGUCGGGCUGGCAUGGCUGCGAGAGGGAGCUGACCGCUCAGCUGCAAGAGGCACGUGGCUGCGAGAAGAAGCUUCAGGACGAAGCAAAGAACCUGUCCCUGCGCGCCCAGGCCGCUCAGGACUCUGCUGCUCAGUCCAGCCUGCAGCUGAGCGAGGCCCAGGGUCGACUGGCCGCCACGGAGGCCGAGCUGACCCGGGCGGAGGCGGGGAGGAGGGACCUGGACUUUCGUCUGAGCAGCCUCCAGUCGGCACUGACGCGUACGCUGGGGAUCGGAGCAGGCGGCAGAGGAGGCCGGGGGAGGAGCCCGGGGGGGAGCUCCACAUCACCGGGCAACAUGUCACGCAACCACAGCAACUCUCCCCUGCGCUUCUCACUCUCGCCUCCUAAAGAAUUUCAAGUCAGCACCCCUGACAAUACUUUAGGCUCUGGGGCUGUUUCUCCUGAGAGAGGGGAAACACCGCUGCCUGUCCCUCAGCCGGAGCUGGACCCCGAUACACUGCGAAGUGGCCUGAGAGACUUCCUCCAGGAGCUGCGAGACGCCCAGAGGGAGCGGGAUGACGCUCGUUGCCAGCUCAGGGCCCUGCAGCGUGAGGUGGAGGAGCUUACGCGGGAACGAGAUUCUGCUCAGAGUCGUCUGACUCAGCUACAAAACACCUUCCAGGAAUACCAAGAAGGGAGGAGCAGUCUGGACGAGCGUCUGACCACAACUCAGAUUUUACUCCAGCAGCAGGAGGAGACGGUGAGGAGGGGAGACAGAGAGAGGAGAGCUCUCACCGACAGGGUGAAGGACUUGGAGCGAACGCUGCAGACCUCUGAGACGGACAGGAAACACACACAGGAUCAGCUAAAUAAGCAGCGUGCCGCUGAGAUGCGUCUGGACGCGGAGAGGAAGCGUCUGCGGGAAGCUCUGGAGGCAGCUGAAGCCCGGGCCACCAGGGUGGAGCUGGGGAGGCGCAGUCUGGAGGGGGAGCUGCAGAGACUCAAACUCAGUCUGGGAGACCGUGAGGCUGAGAGCCAGGCCUCCCACGACCGCCGUGACUCACUGUUCAAACAGGUGGCAGAAGGAGAGGCCCGUGUGUCUCUGCUGCAGAGAGAGGUGGAGAGGCUGAGCCAGGCUCUGCUCAAAGCUCAGGAAGGGGAAUCUUUACUGCGAGAGAAGAGCGUCUCUCUGAGCCAGAGCCUGCAGGAGGCGACGGCCGCUCACAGCAGCACACAGACUCGUCUGGUUGCCCUGCAGAAGACACUGAGUGUGGCCGAACAGGACAAAACACUUCUACACGAACGAAUGGACGAAGUCCGGGCGUCGUUUGCUGAAGCGAGGAGGAACCUGGCCGCCCUGACUGAGCGCGUGCAGAGCCUGCAGAGCGAGCUGAGCCAGAGUGAGCUGAGACGAGAGGAGCUGGAGGUCGAGCUCAACAACGCUCAAGAGGCUCUGCGUCAGCGCUCGGCUGCCCUGGUGGAGGCUCAGCGUGGGGCCCAGUCAACCCAGGCCGAGCGGGCCGCUGUGGAGGAGAGACUGCGUGGGCUGCAACGAGCGGUCGCCAUGUUGGAGACGGAGAAGAAGGAUGCCGAGCGGCAGGCCGUGAGGCUGGAGAAAGACAAGAAUGCACUGAGGAAUACACUGGAUAAGGUUGAACGUCAGAAGCUGAAGACCGAGGAAGGCAGCAUGCGACUGUCUGCAGAGAGAAGCCGACUGGAUCGCUCCCUGAACACAGCUGAGCAGGAGCUGCAGGAAGCACAGCAACAGAUACUGAUGCUGCAGACUCAGCUGGCUGAGAUGGAGCAGUCACAAAGUCUUUGUGAGAGUUUGGGGAGGCAGCGUGACGAGGCUCAGCGGGAGGCGGAGAGACUGAGGACGGGCUUCAGGGACAUUGAGCGAACUCUGGGCACCAGAGAGCGAGCUCACCGACACCGGGUCAAAGGCCUGGAGGAACAGGUCUCCACCCUGAAGGAGCAGCUGCAGCAGGAGAUGAAACGGCGGCAACCUUCUCAUCCAUCGUCCUUAUUGUCGGCGGGAAACUGAGAUGCGGCUUAAACCCAGAAUCCCACAAGCAUCUGGAGAAAAUCCAUCGUCUCGUCGUGAAUGUUUGAAAACAAUAUUUACAAACCGAAGCAUUCCUAAGUGUUCAUGUGUUCUCGAACUCUACUGUAAAAAAAUUGUUUUAUUCUGUGUCUCCGAAAUGAACACUAGUCUCAUUUUGAUGGUGUCGACUUGUAGCGCACGCACACACUCGCGCGCACGCACGCACGCACGCACGCACGCACGCACGCACGCACAACUGGCGAGGGAAUGCAGUGAUGUGAUUCAGCAGCUGUGCUUAAAAUGCCAGCAGCCUGCUGAUUACUGGCAACCAGCUACACUUGAUCCUUGCUCAACAUCUUCCCCCAAAACUUCCUGCUCUUACUCAAGAAGAAACCCAAACGGCCGCAGGAUUCUCCUCCAGACAGAAUCUGGAUGUGGCGCGCGGGAGACGGGAACUCUGCCAGUUUUUUUCAGUUUGGCCUCGAUUCCUCCACAUUUAUAUUAGCAGUCGAGGACAGAAGAAGAAGGAAGGAAGGUCUUCACUGUGUGUGAGUGCCAGGAAACAAAAAGAAUUGACCACAUUGAAGCAACUGCACUGUAUUUUUCUUCUUCUUAGAAACAGACACAGAUUUUACUGAUUAUGUGAAUAGUCUCUAUUUUAUAAAUGAGAAAUGUUCCAGAAGCAGUCAAGUGCUGCAGUGUGAUGCUUUACUCAGUGUUUUUUAUGAGUUAGUACUAGUUUUAUUAGGUAUAUAUACUUUUUACAUACUGUAUGAAGGCUGACAGACUGAUGGUUAAUAAGAGCAAUAUGACGUGUAUGGACAGUAAACAUGGAAGCCACAUAAUAAACUCACUGUGUGCAUCA